GUGCGGAAUAAAUAAGCCGAGGUGUGGGCCUGGUUUGAAGUGCUUGGCUGUCGGUGCUGAAUCGAAUUUAAUCGCGAUCCUUGAGAACAGGGGGGCGUGUCAACUUGACCCCGCCCAUCAAGAAACCACGGAGAAAGCUUCUCGUCUUCGUCUAAUUCACACACGCCACCUUAAACGGAGAAGAAGAAAAAAACACCGAAGAUUUCCAAGGCACCCCCAUCGUGGCUUGCUGAGCCCUCUUAAUCAUGACGGUCCAUGUUCACGUCACUAUGAAGAGAUGAUGACGUCAUGUAUAACAAUGGCGCACAAAGUUUGGCUUCCAGCAUGCGACGCGAGAGGUUAUUACGCAGCUAAACAGUGCAUGUCGUCUAACGGUCUUGAACGAGGCAAAUGUUGGUGUGUGGACGAAACGGGAAUCGCGUUAGAAGACACGCCGUAUACGCGAGAUUCUAUUACGUGUCAUCGGUAA